AUGGUUGAACUAAAGACCGCUGAGGGCACCACCAAGUACCUCAGGUCGAAGGGCAUUCUGCCUCAGGAGGCUGUCACUACGGCAGAUGCUCUUUUGAGCGGCUCUCUUGACGUCUUUCUCCUCAACAAACACCACUUUGUGUUUGACCUAAUAUGCGAUCGAAUGAACGAGUUCACAGGGAAAGACUUCAAAUCAUGGAAGCUCGAGCCACUGCUCUGGAAGCUAUGGAGCACUGUUUGGCAUCUUAUGGGCCAGCUGCCGUUGGAUCUCGAUGCAAGAAGUCAAAGCUUCCGCAGAGUCAAGUUGGUACCCAUCAUGACCAGUGUUAUAGAACAAGCUGAUGCCGAUGCCUUGGAUGCAAUGUUCUCCUGUGUUGGUGAAUUUCUUGUAUCUGGCUACAUUGAAGCAGACGAAUACACUGUUACCGGGCUUCUAGGUGCCUAUGCUGAAUGGCUAGAGAAGCAUACUAAUGAGAGAGUGAACAAUUGGACACCCGUGGUGAUCCAGCUUUUUGAGCUUCCUAGACAAUCUUCAAACUACAAACCAACUAAAAAAAGUACGGCAAGAUACUUCGCCAACGUGCUCCCACACCUUCUUAAUUUCCUAUCUUCAGAUGUGGAUGUAUCGCUCAAACCAACGGUGGAGCUUCUUGCACAGCAGAACAGAACAUUCCUUUUUGAAGUUGAGUCCGCCAAAACGCUUUGCUCCCACAUGGACGAUGUCACAGCUUAUGAGAGUCUCACAGACGCUGCUGUGGAGUAUCUCUUCCACGAGGUAAUUCGCAAUUUGGCUGCCACAGACAUUGCCUCGUGUGAGAGUGUUUUUGUCAGCAUCACCAAGAACGAGAAAUUCAGCCAAUUGUCGGAAAAACUUCUUCACUUCUUGGCUAAAGUUAACAGGGCGCUUUCCACAGACUUCUUUGAGCAAUUGUACACUACAGAGAUGACAAGACAGCCAAUAAGAUGGGGACUUGUUGGACACAUUAUCUCCUUGAGCCCUGAACUAGCUCAAAAGAAGACAGAUGAUAUUAUAAAAGCAAGUGAGAGCCUUAGUGCAGAGGACAUCAAUAUAGUUGCAUCCAGUUUGGCCCAGGGAUAUAUACUUGCCAGAGAUUUCGACAAGUUCAUUGGAGAAGUGUAUCCCCGUGCAUUGGAAGCAAACUCAGCAUGGUCCUCAGAUGAUGUUUUGGACCAUUUGGCUUCCAAGUGUGACGAGCUUUCAGGCAAUCAGAUUGCAACCUUGAUUCUGGAGGCAUUGAAAAGCAGUGAGAAGGAGAAACUUGUGCUUCUUUCAAGGGGUCUCCUUCGAUGCUCCGUCUCCAAGCAAGAAGCUUCUUUUAAGGUCUUUUCUGAUGAAUCGUACCUCCAGAAGGGCUGGUCUGAGGUGGUCUACUACCUUUUAUGCAUAUACGGUGAUGAGAUCAAGACAGAUGAUAUAUUGAAGAAGGUCAUUCCAGAUGGACCAUCUACGAAGUAUGACUUCUUCUUGACAUUCAGAGUUGCUGAGUUGAAAGGGGAUGUGGGAGCUUUGAAGGAAAAGAAGAUAGAGAAGUUCGUCAAGAAGCUCAGUACCAAUGAAGCUUUUGCUUACGCAAUGAGAUGGCUUGUUCUCACGGACCUGUUCGAUAGCAUCAACACAGCACUUCUACAGAAGUUAGCUGAGGGCUCCAGCGAGCAGUUUUUGAACUUCUUCACUACCGAGGCAACUCUCAUCUAUGAACUUCCCGGAUUUUUGACAUCACUUGCUUCAUUUAUUACCAAGAAUCCAAAGUUUCCAUACACAAAAAAUCUUUUUUGCAUGAUGCCUUCGACGAUCUACAGAAAGUUCUUCUCCUCCUUUACUGACAAGCUAUGCAAGGAUGCUUUGAAAGAUGAUGAGGCAAAGCUUAUUCUCAGGCAUGUCUUUAAGGACGCGAACGGGUCCUCGAUUCUUGAGAAAGACCUUGAUCUUUUUAAGAAGUUCACUGCAUCCGACAAUUCUGAACUUACAACGCAGAUCUCACAGCUCAUUUGGAAUGGUCACAUAACUCGUUUCAAAGACUCUGCAUCUGCUGACUUCGUCAACAAUGCACUUAAGCAUUUACUCAAGGCAUUGAAGAAGAAACCUGCUGCGGCUGAUAUUAGACUUUCUCAGGUUGUGCUCAAUGGCAAAAGAUCCAGGGACCCGAGCUUCCAAGCAUCUCUUGAGGAGCUUUGUGACGCUUAUGUGACUUUUGUCACCAAGAACAAAGAAAUUUCCGAUGAAGAGAUCAACGUUCUUGCAAACCUCCCAUCACCACUUUCCGACAAAGUUAGAGCACUGUUGAAAGCAUUGCUUAAAGCAGCAGGCAAAAAAGACUUGAGUACACAAACGAAAUCAAGCCUUUUUGUUCUCGCUACUAAAACAUCAACCAGCGAUCUCCACGGCGCUCUUUUCCUUUGCAGCUUAUACUUAGCUCUACAAUUGGACACCCCUGUGCUUAUGGAUAGCCUUUCAGCAUUCUUCAAGACAUUGUCUCAAGAAGACUUUUACGAAUUAUACUUGCAUUUACUCGCAUCUUGUGAAGAUGCUAAUCCAUCAUAUUUGGACCCAACGGUGAGAUUACUUUCUACACUUGCUCAUCACCUUGACAAGACUCACCAAAAGGAACACUCCAAGUUGUUUGUUUCCACAAUCCUGGUUAUCAGUCUGCGCAUAGAAGACAUAGAAGAAGAGCAGACCAUCAUUGGAUUUCUUUCUGCAUUGACCGUGAUGCUUUCGGAUCAUGUCUGGAUUGUCUCUCAGUAUUCUGUUGAGCUUAUUUUGGCUACUGUCGGAAUCGUAUUCAAGAAAAGCCAGCAUCGUGACAGUUCGACUGUCUUCAUAGCAGCCAUCAGUCUUGUAUCAUACAUUGUGUUGUUUCAUCGUUUCAGACUCACUUCACGUUACCAUCUUCUCGUGGCGAUCCUCGUGGAGGCAAUGAAACGCCUUACUAGAAAGGAAGUGACAAAUGAAGAUGCUACUGUGUUCGGGAGAAUUUUGGUAACCCUCAGUGAGCCUCCAAUCCAAAGAUCCACCAAGGAGAAUGACUCUCUCACUUCUCAGUCAGCCAUCUACAAAAGAGCCAUCAGAAAACAGGCACACGUUUUGUUGAUUAAUUAUGUGCAUAUGCAAGUGUCUGCGCCGUUGAAGAGCUCUGUCACGGACGCAUUAAUGCCCGGUAUCUACAGUGUCUUUGGGCUUUUGUCAAAGGUCGAGUUGCAACUCGUCAACCAACUCCUUGACCUGCUGGGCAAGUUAUAA